AUGCUAUCCACAAUUGCCGCGCUUGCGGAAGCACAUCCCAUUCUCAAAGCAGCGGGCACCAUUCUAGCAUUCCUGACCGUGACAUUUAUCAAUAUCCAAGAGACAUUAAAACCAAUUGGCAAACGGCGCGGACCAGGCGGUAAGCGUUACAAACUACCACCUGGCCCGAAAGGCAUUCCUAUAUUCGGAAAUCUCCUGUCCCUGAAAAAUCGGACUCGCAAUGAAGAUCACGUUGCUGUCAAUGAAAUGGCGCAGUACGGGGAAAUGACCACACUGCAUCUUGGGUCGAAAACACGUGUUUUGCUUAAUAGAAAGCGCGUGGUUUCUGAGAUUAUCGCGAAGCGGGGAUCUCUCACUAAUGAGAGAUCUCCCAUGCCGAUUGCCAGUGGGAUUGUGAGUCGCCAUGGACGUUCCCUUAUCUUGCCUCCGGAUGGGUGGACGGAAAAGAGACGAGCGAUGCAUUCUCUAUUGAGUGGAACGGCUUUGAAGCAGUAUGGUGCUUGGCAGGAACAGGAAAGUGCCCAGAUGAUGGCGGAGUAUCUGUAUCAGCCGAAACGGUGGUUUUCCCACCACUAUCGCUAUGCGAACUAUAAGAGCUUGCUUCAGUUGGGUGGAAACUGAAUGGUUUAAGUACUUCCCCUCAACUGGACUGAAAAAUGAGCUAAUCCUAGGCCCACUCAUACGCCCGCGGGGAAGAUGGAUACAGCCUCGGAUGACAUGGGUUCGCUUUCAAACAACAUGAAUACAUUCCCGGAUGAGACGAGUCCUCCUUCCCCCCCCAUGACAUGACAUUCCUUUCGGAUGACAUGUGAACACCCUCAGAUAACAUGAGAUGCCGUCGGAA